AAGUCUCUAGCAGAGAAGGGCAGAGUGACGCCAGGGGGCGGGGCUUAUCGGGAGCCAGUCCCGUGACCAAGAUGGCGGCCGCUGUCAGCUGACGAAGAAGACUGAGUGGAGGCAGCAGUGCGCCUGCGCGCAGGUGUCUUCCGGGGGCAGGUUCUGUUCCCGCUGUCCUGACUGCCAGAAGGCCGACCAUCAUGGACUUCUCCAAGUUCCUGGCCGAUGACUUUGAGGUGAAGUCCUGGGUGAACGGGGCCUUCCGGUCAGUGCAGCAAGAAGCCCCUGGGAAGGUGGACGCCCAUGCAGCCACCUUGGUGAUGAAGCUCCAGCUCUUCAUCCAAGAGGUCAACAACGCCGUGGAAGAGACGAGCCACCAGGCCCUCCAGAGCAUGCCCAGGGUCCUGCGAGAGGUGGAGGCCUUGAAGCAGGAGGCUGCCUUCCUGAAGGAGCAAAUGGUCCUGCUGAGGGAGGAUAUUAAGAAGCUGGAGCAGGACACAGCUCAGUCGAUGCAGGUCUUAGUCCAGCUGGACCACGUGAAAUCCCGGAUGCAGCUGGCAGCAGACUCUCUCCAGGAGGCAGACAAGUGGAGCACCCUCAGUGCCGACAUUGAAGAGACCUUUAAAACGCAGGAUGUCUUGGUCAUCUCAGGCAAGCUGACCAGCAUGCAGAACAGCCUGGCUGUGUUAGUGGACACCCCGGACUACUCCGAGAAGUGUGUCCACUUGGAAGCCCUUAAGAACCGGCUGGAGGCCUUGGCAAGCCCACAGAUCGUGUCUGCUUUCAGCACUCAGUCUGUUGAUCAGGCCCGAGUGUUUGUGAAAGUCUUCACAGAAAUCGACCGGAUGCCACAGCUACUGUCUUACUACUACAAAUGCCACAAGGUGCAGUUGGUGGCCGUCUGGCAGGACCUGUGCCAGUCCGACCUCCCUUUGGACCGGCAGCUGACAGAGCUCUACGACAUGCUUCUUGGGACUUGGCAUGCACAGCUCCAGUGGGCCAUGCAGGUUUUCAGGAACCCCCACCAGGUUGUGACGGUGCUGCUGCUCCAGGUUCUGGGGGCCCUGGUGCCUUCCCUGCCUGCCUGCCUCACCACUUCCAUGGAGCGCAUUGGCCCCGAAGGCAAGUUGGCCCACCUGCUGGGGCUUCGGGAGACCACUGCCUACUUUGCCCGGGGCCUGGAGGCUGCCAUGCUGCCCAGCCUGAAGGAGUGUAACUUGGUGAAGGUGGCGGAGCUGGUGGAAGCCACUUACGGCCCCUACAAGCCCUUCCAGCUGCAGUACGGAGACCUGGAGGAAGAGAAUCUCCUCAUCCAGAUGAGCGUCAUCCCACUGGAGCACGGAGAGGUCAUCGACUGCGUCCAGGAGCUGAGCCACUCAGUGAACAAGCUCUUUGGCCUGGCCUCAGGGGCCGUGGACAACUGCCUCAAGCUGACGGACGGACUUGGUGUGAGUGGCCUCCUCAAGGCCUUGCGGUCCCUCUUCAGCAAAUACGUCUCAGACUUCAGCAACGCCCUGCAGUCCAUCCGGAAGAAAUGUCAGUUGGAUGAGAUCCCUUCAGAUUCAUUCUUCCAGGAAGAUUGGAGUGCUUUCCAGACAGCAGUUCGAAUCAUCGGGACCUGUGGGGAGCUCCUGCGCCAGUGUGGAGACUUUGAGCAGCAGCUGGCAAACAGGAUCCUCUCUGCAGCAGGGAAGUACCUCUCGGACUCCUACAGCCCCUGCAGCCUGAGUGGGCUCCAGGAAUCCCCCUCGGAGAAGCCGAGUCCCCUCAAGAACCCCUGGCAGGAGCACAAUUACCUCCAGCAGGAGAGCCCGGCCGAGUACGCUGCCCUCCUGGAGAUGCUCUACACUCUCAAGGAGAAAGGGACCAGCCAUAACCUGCUGUCAGCGUCACGCUCGGCCCUCGCACGUCUCAACCAAGUGACCCACCAGCUGGCCUUUGACUCCGUUUUCCUUCGCAUCAAGCAACAGCUCUUGUUGGUCGCCAAGAUGGAGGGCUGGAGUACAGGAGGCAACGGGGAAAUGCUCACGGAUGACUUGCCCAACUUCAGCCUCACCCCCCUGGAAUAUAUCAGCAAUAUUGGCCAGUACCUUCUCUCCCUGCCUCUUCAUCUGGAGCCCUUUGUGACCCAGGAGGACUCUGCGCUGGAGCUGGCCCUGCAUGCUGGGAAACUCCCCUUCCCUCCUGAGCAAGGUGAUGAGCUUCCGGAGUUGGACAACAUGGCCGACUACUGGCUGGGCUCCUUGGCCAGGGCCACCAUGCAGACCUACUGUGAGGUUAUCCUUCAGAUCCCGGAGCUCACUCUACAUUCCACUAAGCAGCUGGCCACAGAUAUUGACUACUUGGCCAAUGUGAUGGAUGCUCUGGGCCUUCAGCCUUCCAAGGCCCUCCAGAACACUGUCACCCUCCUCAAGACCAAACCAGAAGACUACAAGCAGGUGUCCAAGAACUUUCCCCGGCGUCUGGCCAGCAUUAUCGCAGCCAUGAGGGGCCUGGACUAUUGAAGUGGCCUGGAUAUCUGUCCUGAAGUAUGGGGUCCCAGGUGGGUGCCUUGAGACAGAGUUGUCUAGAGCACGGGGACUCCAUUGUCUGUGCCUGGAGCCCCCUCCCCCCACACACAUUGCAGGGUUGUUGUGCUCCUGCCAGGAGCUGGCCUGCAGAGGAACUCAGAUGCAGUGCCUCCACAGGUUGUUGAGGGCACACAGAAGAGGUUCUUUGUACAUGACUCAUCUUGUGAUUUGAAUAAAUUACUAAGAUUUGUAAGUUAC